GUACCUAACUGUAGUCAUGAAGUGAGAUAACUAGAGUCUAGAGAUAUUAAAUAGUUUUAAACAAAUCAAAUAAUUGGUGGAGACUGGAUAUCGAGAUUCAAGAUAGGGAAUAUCUUAAAUAUUCUAUAAUAGUUUGUACGGAUUACGGAAAGUGAACUGAUCAUUGAACUAUGUUAUUGUGAAAUGUUUUGAAAGGAUCAAAAAGAAAAUAUGUUUACCAAAGUAUUCCAACGCGCGCUGAAAUUUCGUCUCAAGAAAAGUUAUCCGACAAAUAUAUACGACUUAAAUCGUUGUUCAGCUAUAGCUGUUCGACGUCCGUAUAGCGAUGAGGUGAAAAAAGCGCAAACUUCUAGUGUCGCCGCGCCGGGACCAACAAUAUUUGAUAAAAUAAUAUCGAAGGAGAUUAAAGCUGAUAUUAUAUAUGAAGAUGAAUAUUGUUUGGCUUUCAAUGACAUAGCACCUCAGGCUCCUGUCCACUUCUUGGUUAUUCCAAAGCGUAGAAUUCCGAGAUUGCAAGAUUGUGAAUCUGAUGAUAAAGAGCUUCUUGGACAUCUAAUGGUGGUAGCAAGAUCUCUGGGUUCAGAACGCGCCCCAAGUGGCUGGAGGCUUAUUGUCAACAAUGGAAGACAUGGUGCUCAGUCUGUGUAUCACCUACAUCUCCAUGUUCUGGGUGGAAGGCAGAUGGGAUGGCCUCCGGGUUAACAACUGAGCAAUAUUAAUGAAACUUCAAUAACUGGACUACAUUGGCUUCAAAAUGAAGGUAUUAUACCUUGCAACUGUGCUGGGACACCUCAAUCAGUAUCCUUGCUUUAAAUUUGAAAAAAAUUAUUAACAUCCAGUCUUGCCUGGCUAUUCAAUACUUGAACACUUAUAUACACUAUACACAGAUUAAUGUUCAUUAUGUUGCUGUGGUCACUGAAUUUAACUUUUGUAUGAAUUCUUGUAUCUAGGGUUUAUAUCAAUGAAAGUCAUACAUUGAGAUUGUGUUUGCCAUCAUACCCAAUCACCCAAAAAGUAAACUAAUAUGUGAAUGCGACAUUAUUUUUUAUUUCAUUUUGUAUAGUUUUGGUAGAUUACAAAAGUGAAUCUACUUCACACUGUCAAGUAAAUCUACUUCCAAUAAAUUUAACAGUAUUGGACUAUUUAAAAAUCUUAAUGUUAGGGAGCAAUCUAUAUCUUAUCUGUAUGACCAGUGGUUCUAGUGACCAGACACAUGACGCCUAUCAUUAUAGAGCCAGUGUAGCAUUUUUUUUAUAUUUUUCAGUUUAAAAAGACAUGACUAUAAAGUUGUGUGUAACUAGUUAGUUGUGUGUUAUCGUCUAGCCACAAUAUUUUUAUUAAUAUUCUGUGAGUUAGUCACAGAAUAUGACAGCUAAAUUGACAGCUGAUAAAAAAUAAAAAGAAAUCAAAUAAAAUUUACGAAAUAAUUCAGUUCAAAUUAGUUUUAUUCAUACACUGAUACCAAAAUGCUUUUAUGAUGUUGCAAUUUUCACUCUUUUCAUCGAAUUAAAGAGAUGUAAGUUGGCAUUAUUUUGUGAGCGAACUGAUUGCCAUGUUUAUUGGGGUUUGUAAAUGUUAUCUUUUUGUACUAAAAUAUGUUUAGUACGAUUACAGAUUUUUAGCUAAAAUUUAAAAAAAUUUACAUAUAGCAUAGUUAUAUUAUAUGAAAAAGCUCAAUGUCAUAUCAAAGAAAAUAAAAUGUGUCAUUAAAAGGCCAUAAUAUAUUUUAGUGCAAUAAUGUGGCCAAAAUAGAUUAGAUGAUAAGUUACAAGGUUAAUAAAAGGUAUUACAAUAUUGAUAAAAAUUGUAAUUUUUUAGUGAAUAUAAUAAAUUUGUAUUAUAAUAAUUGUUGUUUAAUAUACACAAAGUUUUGAAAGUAAUUGAAACCUGCAUGUGCCUUUAAGAAGAGCAAAAAAAAAACAUAAUAUUUCAACAACAUUAAAUUAAGUAUUAUUUGUAUUUAUAAAAUAAUCUAAAAAAAAUAAAAAUGCUGUGACAAUUUAUGUAUGUCAUUAGCAUUUCUAUAAAAUCAAACAUCCAAAGCGUAGACUUACAAUAUACUAACAUAGAGGCAAAGCAGGCAAGAGAAAAGAAAAUUUCCAACUCAGACACAGCAAAACAACGAAAGUGAAUCUCUUUUUGAUUUGAAUUGAAUUUGAAUUGUAAGAUAUAAAUAAAAAUAAAUUAUUCAAUUAGAUCAAAAUGACACUUAUAAAUUUCAAAGAUUUUACCAUCACUUCCGAAAAGUAGUAAACAAUCAGCCAUGCAAGGCAUUACCACCUUUGUAUUUUUGAUACUGUAACCUGUAUUUAAAUUAUAAAACCACAGUUUGACUAUUUGGCAAGCAUAAAAAUAAUAAUCAAAUCUUGGGUUGGGAUUAAAAACGACUUGUGAUUAAUUUUGCUAUACUGAACCCAAGAAAGACAAAUAUCCCAACCAUUUCAACAUCAAAACUGAAAUUACGUCAUUGAAUCAUUGCAUUUAUAGCAUCUUACUUAAGCAUGUAUUGAGCACACACAUGAUUAGAAGCACUAAAACUUUUUUGCUCAUUCAGUGUCGUGUGCAAGCACUAUUUAUAUCAGUUGGAAGGGUGCCGUUGAAAUUAUUAGGACACAGAAAUAUAGACGUGGUGGUGUAGAUGUUUUACUGAGCACCUAAAAUCAAAGAAAUAUCUACUAUAGCUGCCCGCGAAUAAGAUUCAUUUUAAAUCGUAGCACUCAGUUCGCAGCUGCGGUGGACUCAUCAUAAAUCUAUGUACUUUUUGGUUACCUACGGUCUUUUUAACGCUAGAACAGUUACUUCUUGCUGUAAGGUCGAGGAUUCAUCUGACACAUUCUAAGCUUACAAUUUAUUACUUAACGUUGACGGAAGAAACAAUUUACGGGUUACGGCAAUCUCACGCGUUGCCCUUCCCCGCAACCCGCUGACAUGUUAGUACCUACCUCGUCGCCGCCGCCGUCUGUCACCCUAUGGGACGGUCACGCACGAAGUUGUUGGACUAUAAUAUGUCUACUUGUUCUAUGUAAUGUUUAUGGUUGUUUUGUUUUUCUAAAAAAAUAUGCUUCUCCGUGUAAAGAACACUUUUUUUUCCAAACAAAUAAACAUAAAUGAUUACAAUACAUACCUAUGGCUCGAAUAAAAGCGGUACGAACAUUGCAGUAAUCAGUUACUGCAAUGUUCGUACUACUACGUACCGGUCAGCCGCAACCGGUAACUUAUUGACUGCCUCGAGGAUCCCGCGCCGGUUGGUGUACGUUUUCGUACCUAAAGCUAUGAGUAACUUACGCCUUGUUAUGCUCUAAAAUUGACAUCUUAUGUGUUGCGGUGAGGAGCGCAAUUGAGGUGCUGCUCAGAUAUUCCUUAUCCGAAUAAAUACAGCAAAUAAUUUAAAAUGGCGUCUCUAUUCAUAUUUGUCACACAAAGUUAGCGUAUGGAUCAAAUGAGCAGAAUUAGAUAAUAACUUUCAUAUCCGACUAAUGCUGUGAUUUCAGGUACAAGCCUAGGCUUAUACCACCAUGUCAAAAUACAGUAAUAGAACAGUGCCUACUUUAACUUCAUAUGAAGGCAUAAAAGGCGUUUAUUUUCUCAAAAUUUAUUCCUUUAGAAUUCUUUUUGAUGGCAUUUCUAAUAUACUAGAUUCUACUACCGCUUCGGAAACAAAUGGCGCUAUGGGAGAGCGAAAGCGGCGCAAUAAACUCUCCCAGCAUUCUUUUAUUGCACUCUUUUUAAUAAAAAUAUACACUUUUGUACUGUCAUUGCUAUUGCUAUAAAAUAAUCAUAAUCUAGUCAUUGACUGUCCGAUCCCUUAGAUAUUCAGCUGUGGAGUAAUAGGAUUUAAAAUCUGAUAGAAGAAUCUCGGUACAUUUCCAGUUAGAAAAAUCUAGUCACAACUAAGUCAACUAUCAUUUACUGUUUAGAAUUUUAUAUUUAUGUGCAAAACUAGUCUCAAACUGUGGUUUUAAUACAUAUUAUUUAUAUUAUGAAUUAUAUUUCACGUAAAUCAUUGAAAUGUUACUUUUAUUAAUAUUGUAAAUUUUUUAUUAUGUUUGUAAAUGUAGGUUAGUGGGUUUAUUGUAAUUUGUAACACAGUAUAGAGAACAACAGUCUUUAAUUAUAAUAAUUAAUCCAAAUCUAGUAGGUAUAGGCAAUGUCAUCAAUUCACAGCGACACUUAGUAUAUCAUACGUUCCUCCUGCUAUUCUCUCACUGAUGUCAUUGUUUUCACGCAUGUUCUAUUCUCAUACUCUGGAUUUGAGCUCUUUUCUGUUCAUAUGUUCACCUAGGUCCACUUUUCUCAACCUUUCGAUAACAUAUAGAAGGAUAGCUUUUGAAUGUACCUACUUGGUUCCUUAUAUAUACACUCGGCCAGUGUUAGCACACGGCAAAUUGUUCCAAGUUAAGGAAUAAUUAAAUUUUGAAAUGGUCACGUGACUUAUUGCCGAGGCUAACACUGAGUCUUUUGUAUGUUAUUAUUUUGUGAUUCCGGUUCCCAUUUCCUCUUCAAGUUUGGGGAAUAAAACUCAUCUGGUAAUUAGGAAAACGGUACAUUGUUUUAAAAGAUCAGAUAAAUUUCAGUGUAGCAAUAUAUGCCUAUAUCAAAGACGCCGACAAACCGUUUCUCUUUAUGCUGUGGUCAUUAAGCUUUGUUCUGGGUAUUUGGUAGCCAAUCAUGAAAUUGGAUUCUAUUGUUUUUUUACGAAAAUAUAAUGAGUCUGUUUGUGUUUCUAUCUUGUUUGGAGCUUAACGAAACGUUAAAUUCUUUAACCAAAGGUAUUAAUAAAUUGUUAUUAGUAAA